UAAAUCUUUACUAAAUAUAUCUCGACAUAAACGUACAUUUAAAAAGCGUGUACAUUUACAAAGAGCACGUUCUCAAAGAAUCUAUAAGCUUGGAACUGGCUUAUGCGUGUACUGUCCAUUAUAA